AUGAGUUCCCGUCCGUCGAAGCGGAGGAGGGUUACGCCACCCCCCGAGGACGGCCAAGAUUCGGGCAACGGUGACGUCAGGGUUCAAAAGGCCUUUUUCAAAAGCGCUUCGAACUGGAACCUCGAGCAAACCUACGAAACGAAGUCAAAGAAGGCCAAGAAGAAGGAGGCAAAGAAGAAUGGAAACGAGACUGGAGGCAGACUUCCUGUGAAGACCGCCCAAGGAACAUGGCAGGUUCACGACGAUGCCGAGUCGGUAGCUAGCGACGGCGAUUGGCUUGAGAGCGAAGGGGACGACGGUGGCAUUGACGAGGAGCCCGAGGCCGCUGUGCCGGAAGCGCCCAAGAUCCCCGAGCGUGAGCAAAUCCGAAAAGCUCAAGAGGAACUCGCCAAAAUUGCGACGCAGCUGAACGAGGAUCCGGAGGAGUAUCCCGGCGCAUUUAAGUCGUUGGCUCGCAUCGGAGAUUCGCCAAUUCCUGCUAUCCAAAAGCUCUGCAUCGUUACCCAAAUGACGGUUUACAAAGAUGUCAUCCCGGGCUACAGGAUACGACCGGCAUCGGAGGAGGCCGGCGAGAAGUUAUCGAAAGACGUGAAGCGGCUACGGACCUACGAACAGGCUCUGGUGUCCGGAUAUCAAGGCUACAUCAAGACUUUGGCGAGGCACGCAUCUUCAACAGCCACGGGUUCUCGGCGAUUGGGGCAACCUGUUUCCAGCAUUGCCUUCACCUGCGCCUGUACCCUAGUCAAUGCUGUACCGCAUUUCAACUUUCGGGGAGAACUCCUGAGGAUACUCGUCAAGAAACUGAGUGGUCGCCAGGUGGACGAAAACUUCAACAAGUGCCUGAAGGCGCUAGAGACGCUGUUCCGAGACGAUGAGGAAGGGAACGCUUCCAUGGAAGCAGUGUCUUUGCUAUCCAAGAUGAUGAAGGCUCGGGAUUACCGGGUUGAUGAGAGCGUGCUGAACCUGUUCCUGCACCUGCGGUUACUGUCCGAGUUCUCUGGCAAGGCUUCACAAGACUCGGUUAGCCGCCCUGGUGAUCUACCAAAUGGCAAGAAGCCGAAAGUAAAGAAGGAAUUCCGGACCAAACGGGAACGGAAGUUGAUGAAGCAGCAAAAGGAGGCCGACAAAGUGAUGGCACACGCUGACGCGGCCGUCAGCCACGAAGAAAGGGAAAAGACCCAGUCCGAAAUUCUGAAGAUGGUAUUUGCCAGCUACUUCCGUAUCCUCAAGGCCCGCAUGCCUCAUCUGAUGGGUGCCGUGCUUGAGGGCCUCGCCAAGUACGCUCAUCUGAUCAACCAAAACUUUUUUGGGGAUCUUCUUGAGGCCCUCAAAGAUCUCAUCCGGGACAGCGAAUUCACAGAGGACAGGGGUGGGGACGGGGAAACGAACGGCGACGAGGAGGAUGACGAGCUCUCGGUCAUUCGCGACACGAGCCGCGAAGCGCUCCUCUGCACCGUCACCGCCUUCGCCCUGCUCGAAGGCCAGGAUGCCCAUAACGCCCGCUCAGACCUACACCUCGACCUCUCCUUCUUCAUCACCAACCUCUACCGCAGCUUGCUAAGCCUUUCCGUCAACGCCGACGUCGAACUCGGCGCCAAGUCCCUCCACCUCGCCGACCCGGAGGACAGCUCUUCGGGUAACCCGGCCAACCGCAAGACCAACAAGGUCAACCUGCAGACCACGACGGUGCUCCUUCUGCGCUGCCUCACCGGCGUGCUCCUCCCGCCCUGGAACAUCCGCUCGGUGCCGCCGCUCCGGCUGGCGGCCUUCACUAAGCAGCUCAUGUCAGUGGCGCUGCAGGUGCCCGAGAAGUCGAGCGAAGCGGUGCUGGGCGUGGUGCACGACGUGGUGCACACGCACGGGCGCAAGAUUAACGCGCUGUGGAACACGGAGGAGCGCAAGGGCGACGGCACCUACAAGCCGCUGGCCGAAACCAUCGAGGGGAGCAACCCGUUCACGACUACGAUCUGGGAGGGCGAACUACUCAGGAAACACUACUGUCCCAAGGAUGGCGAUGUGCUCGGCGGAGGCAUGUGGAACUCAAUGACGUUUCCUCACCGAGCCAUCGACCUCAGCGGCGCAGAGACGGCGGCUCAUCGGCUUGUCAGGAUUUCUCAACGACUGACUCCCGGGGGCCAUGCGGCGUGGUACAAGGAUGCUCCGGGAUUCAUGCCGCCCCUCGCCGAGCCACCGGAGCAGGGGAGGCGGAUGGGGAUGGUUGGGGGCCCAUGGCAUCUUACCCUAGCUUGCCUGGCCCCUGGAGCCGGGCGAGGCUGGCCAGACUCCCAGCAGGGCUUGCCACUUGGCCGUCCGAGCGCCCGAGGUCAACGUUCGUUGCCCCUGGAACCCGCAGAGCUGGGCAGGGAUGGUGACAAUCGCCCGCCGUGGCAGCGAUCAUGCCUUCGGGGUCGUGGUUUCAGAAAGUCGAUCUGGUGA